ACAAUUGUGCUUCGUAAUUAAAUUACGAGUGGUGCAAGUGGUAGCCAGUGUUUUCCAAGGUUCUAUUGUUUGUGAAACAAAAUAAGUGCAUCAGUGACUAUUAGUGAUGUGGGGAACGAAUUCGUCGCGAGGAGAUGGUACAAAGAAACAUCUAUUCCACCCGGAUGCCGAAACCUAACCUAGCAGCUUAUUUGUACAAGAGAAAAGCAAAGAUGAGGCUUUAAAGGAACUGGCAGAAUCAACGAUAUUAUGGUUCCAGUCAAUUUCAAACUGUUUGAAAUAAGAAUGAAUCAAUCGUUCAAUAUCAACUGCAUUGAUGAGGAACGGGACUCCGUCGAAAAAGAAACAUAAUUAAACACAGAAGAAGUGUAACGCUCAACAGAUCCGGCCUCUAGACAUAGGCUCGGAAUUGAUAAGCAGAUGCAACUGUUAUUCACAGAGAAAGCGUUUAAGUUUACCGGCAGCCAGGACACGACCGUAUUAGGUUACCAAGUUAGCUAGAUCGGACCCACAUACAUUUGUGCGAUACAAUUGUCUUUCAACAGAAUGUACUACCUACCGGAGCUAGGGUUUUUUUUUGCGACCGAUCCUGAAAUCUAACGCAAAGCGAUGAAUGGUACUCAAGGUUAUGCACGAGAAAAUUUGCGAACUGAAAAUCAAGUGGAAGGCACAAGUUGAGCUUUAUUUUUAAUGCCAAAUUGUAUCAUCCGAUUUAAAUAUACCUUCCGUUCGUCAAAUCGUGCAGAAUAAGGCGGAAGAUGACCCGGAACAAAUUUGUUUGCGCCCUCCACGAUGCGCGCAACAAAAAACCAUUUCAAACAACACCAGCAGUGUGGUGUGUGUGGCCGGCGGGGUUUUGCAAACAGUGCUGUGCGCAACAACGGCACAAGGCUGAAGGAGGGCAGCACAAAAAAAAAGUGGCUGGGCUCCGUUGUCAAAAUCACAACACACACGGAAUUUGUCCGACCGCAAGGCGCCCCGGGACCUAGUGUGGCCGGCCGGUAAAGGUCUUCGCCGAUUAAACCAUUACCAUGCAUUUGUACGCAAGUGUGUCCGGUACGCGGGUAAGUGCUCUCGACGUCUCAAACGGUGGAACGAAAUAGAAGAGAAGAAAAAAAAAAAACGAUUAAACGAAAACGCUUGCCGUGAUGACAAUUCACUACGCACGCGAUAGUUGGGCAGCAAAUUGAUGGUGGAGUAGUACACGUGUUACACCCGUGUGUGUAUCGGUAGGUGUGAGCGGGUACCAUUUGGUCGCGCACAAUGUGUGCGCCCCGGGCUUGCUUGCCAGCGCGGGCAGAAUCCACUCGGACCUGCGGAUGACCGGACGCUCGGCAGUGUGUAUCCGGUGUUUGUGAUCGUGUCCGGCAUGUCCGCCCUCAGCAAGUACUUUGACCAGGCGAUCGUGGGAGCUACCUGCCGGGAGCUGCUGCAUCCGGCAUCGAGCUGCGGUCAGUUCGCCCGCCGCAACCUGCUCGGGACGGUCGGCUCGAACGUGCGCUUCUUCCUGCCCAUCUCGGUGCUGCGGUUACUACUGCUCGUAUACAAUCGGCGCGCCCUCAACCGGGCCAUCCUGGCACAGACCGGGCGCGAGUUCGGCGCCAUGAUGGUGAACGCGCUGCUGGUGGCCAACUGCUGGACCGGUAUGUUCUGCGUGCUGUCGCGAACCACCGGCCGAAUCCACGACAACUACUCCGUCUCGCUGGCACCCUUCCUGGGAGCGCUUGCCAUGUUUGUGAUGCCGGCGUAUGUACAGUCCACCCACGCCAAGGCCAUCUUCAUCGCGGAUCUGGAGUGUUGGAUAAAGUCCCGCGAGAACACCCUCAUCGAGUGGAUGCGAGACUCGCGAACCGUCGGCACCCUCUGCUUCAUGCUCGUCAGCGCAGGUAUUGCCCGGUACGGGCGGCAGAUUCGUCACCGUGCCGAGUUUUGGUUCUUCACACCGCUCCGGCCGCAGAAACCGGAGGACGUAAAGGCACCCAAAGUGUGUUACCACCGUGAAGGGUGCACCCGGUACGUCCUUACCGGGAUGCGUACCUUUUUCACGUUCGGUGCGAUACUGGAGUUGGCACGCCGACUGAUCGUGACCGUUGGGAAGCUGCACCAGACGACCGCGCUGGAACGGGUUCGCUCUCUGCUACGCCUACGCUACCGCUUGAUCCUAUUCCUAACGCUCUACAAUGGCAGCUUUCGGUUGGUGAAUUGCCUACUUGCUCGCCAGCGUAGUCGGGUGCGGGAGACGGACGAUAUGGUCGCCGGGUUCACCGCCGGGUUCUGGUAUUUCCUCUCGCCAAGCUACAACAUCUUCAACCUCGCCGUGAGCGCCCUGGCGCAGACGUACUGGAAUUUCCUGGUGGAGAAGCACGCCAGCGUGCCGGUCGUGCAGCGACUCGAUCGCGUGUCGUUCGCAUCGAUCGUUUGGGUUGCAUCGAUGUGCUACGUUACCUACUCCCGUGCCUACUACCCGUGGGCGAUGUCCAAGUUUGCCCACAAGUUUAUCGAUCUCUGCUCCAACUACGCUUCGCGAACGGCAUCGGAAAACUUUGCCCGUCGAUUCCUGGUAGCUAAUCAAGUGGAGUGA